CAUAGCAGCCCUGUCAGAUGGUGUGGCAUGCCCGCUAGAGCAUUUUAUUUGCAUUUUAUUUAUUAAUACAUUUAAAUAAUCUCAACGCAGAACGCUCGGAACUGCAUAAUAGAGGAGACGUCAAUCGAGAGCAGCGCAUUAAUUUUACUCACACAUAUAAUAUAAUAAUUGCUUGUACGGACCAUGAAAACAACUAAUAUCGGAUUGUACGCAUUUCGUUUAACCUUCGGACAGGGAUCGCCGCUCUCCGCGCAGGCCUCGACGCACAGCAGUCAUGCGUUCACCACCAGAUCCUCGUCGCCGAACCGCGUGGUGACCCGCUCUGCCACCAUGUUGGCCCUCUUUGGCAUAGCGCUGUCCUCGUUCAGCCUGAAGCAGCUGCUGGCCAAGAAGCACAACAAACACAAUGCGCUGCGCAAGCUUUAAGCCAAAGAACGGGAACACAGAUCAGAUGUGAGGCGAGCGUUAAACCGAGUCCCUUAGCCAUGCCCUGAUCAGAGGCGUCACAUACCACAUUACUCAGUUCCCAUGCUCAUAUGUAGUGUAUAUUUCUUUAAGUUAAGUCACCAGCCAUACAAAAAAUCACACACACACACACAGACAGAAGGCAGCGACAUGGCUAAAUAGCUCGGAGUGUUCAGUUAAUAACAUUUUUCGUUUGAAGGCAGUCACAUAUAUAUAUAUAUUUUUUGAGAUGCACCAAUUAGUAUAUGUAUAUAUAUUUUCUUGUUCGCACACACACACAGAAACACACACACACACAGACACAUACAGAGAGAUGCUUGCAACAGUUGCGCAAUGCCAACAAAAAUUUGAAUAAAACUUGUGAUAGUUAAUUGUGUACUAAUGAUGAUGAUCGUGAUGAUGAUAAUUAUGAUGAUGAUGAGGAUGUUCUAAGUGUUAGUUGUGCGACCUCCUAUGCGAUCCUGAUUUGCCUCUUUUAGUUCUUAUAUAUAGUCUGUAUAUAUGUAUGUGUAAACAAGUCGCAAUAUAUGCAUAUAUAUACAUAUAUAUUUAUAUUCUUAGCUAUGCAAAUUCUAAAUUGUAACAAAUAUGAAACGACUAAGUGGAAGUUUAUAAACAAUUGAAAACGUGGGAAUAGUCCAAUUGCCAAGUUUAUAUAUGGCCUGCAAUUAUGCGGAGCAGUAUAAAAUUUUAGUUUUAGUUGAAAUUAAUAUUUUUCAAAUAAAUGCAUUAUUAUCCAAAUCAAA